AAGAUGGCUGCGCCCGGCGGCUUUUCCCUCGUCUAGGGGCUUAGUGCCUCGCCCGAGUCAGGCUCCAAGUCAGGCAGCGUAUCACGCUUACUUCCAGAAUGUUCUCAGUCCGAGGCUGCGGCCGCUGCAUCGCCGCGUCCCUCAGCAAACAUCCCCUUCCGUUGGCCCAGUUCAGCGCCGGCAGCGCGACUCCCCGGACUCGGCACUUCGACGUGGUCGUCAUCGGUGGAGGCCAUGCCGGUACCGAGGCCGCCGCCGCCGCGGCUCGGUGCGGCUCCCGCACUCUGCUGCUCACGCACCGCGUGGAUACGAUCGGUCAGAUGUCCUGUAAUCCCUCCUUUGGUGGCAUUGGAAAGGGGCAUUUAAUGAGAGAAGUAGAUGCCUUGGAUGGUCUGUGUUCUCGCAUCUGUGACCAGUCUGGUGUGCAUUACAAAGUGUUAAACCAGCGAAAGGGGCCAGCUGUGUGGGGUCUGAGAGCGCAGAUUGAUAGGAAACUGUAUAAGCAGAAUAUGCAGAAAGAAAUCCUGAACACACCCCUGCUUGCUGUUCAGGAGGGAGCUGUAGAAGAUCUGAUUCUUUCAGAACCAGAGCCUGGGCACCCAGGGAGAUGCCGCAUCAGUGGGGUUGUUUUAGUGGAUGGAAGCACAGUACAUGCGGAGAGUGUCAUUCUGACCACUGGGACGUUUCUGAGAGGCCAGGUUGUAAUUGGAUUGGAGACGCAUCCGGCAGGACGCCUAGGAGAUCAGCCUUCUAUAGGAUUGGCUCAAACUCUUGAGAAGUUGGGGUUCGUAGUGGGAAGGUUGAAGACUGGGACUCCACCCCGAAUUGCCAAGGACUCCAUUAAUUUCAGCAUUCUAAACAAGCAGACACCAGAUGAUCCUCCCGUACCCUUCAGUUUUCUCAACGACACAGUGUGGAUUAAGCCGGAAGAUCAGCUGCCGUGUUACCUGACUUAUACCAACCCUCAGGUGGACAAGAUUGUCCUUGAGAACCUUCACCUGAACAGUCACGUUCAGGAAACCACAAGAGGGCCCCGAUACUGUCCCUCCAUUGAAUCGAAGGUGUUGCGUUUUCCAAACCGUCAACAUCAGGUUUGGUUGGAACCUGAAGGAAUGGACUCUGAUCUCAUCUACCCUCAAGGGUUAUCUGUGACACUUCCGGCCGAGUUACAAGAGAAAAUGAUCACGUGCAUCAGAGGCUUGGAGGAAGCGAGAAUGGUCCAGCCAGGCUACGGUGUUCAGUAUGAUUACUUCGAUCCCCGUCAGAUCAGUCCUUCGCUGGAGACUCACCUGGUUCAACGACUCUUCUUUGCGGGACAGAUAAACGGCACCACUGGCUAUGAGGAAGCUGCAGCUCAAGGUGUGAUAGCUGGGAUCAACGCCAGUCUCCGUGUGAGCCGCAAGCCUCCGUUUGUCGUCAGCCGCACAGAAGGCUACAUCGGAGUCCUGAUCGAUGACCUCACAACGCUGGGGACCAAUGAACCAUACCGCAUGUUUACCAGCCGAGUAGAGUUCCGUUUGUCAUUGCGUCCGGAUAAUGCUGAUACCCGGCUCACGUUCCGAGGGUAUGAGGAAGCUGGUUGUGUGUCCCAGCAACGAUAUGAAAAAGCUUGUUGGAUGAAAUCUUCUCUAGAAGAAGGCAUUUCUGUGCUGAAAUCCGUUGAAUUUUCAAGCUGUAAGUGGAAAAAGUUAAUCCCAGAGGCUUCUAUAAGUGCUACAAGAAGUCAGCCUGUGAGCGCUCUAGAUGUUCUCAAGCAUGAGGAAGUUGACAUGGAGUCUCUGGCCAAGGCUGUUCCAGACCUCUUCAAGAAGUAUAUUCAAUGUAGAAAACUAGCCGAAAGACUGAAAAUAGAAGCCACCUAUGAGUCAGUAGUGCUCCUUCAGCUACAAGAGAUAAAGGAAGCUCAGCAGGAUGAAGCUCUCCAGCUGCCGAAAGACCUGGAUUACUUGACUAUCAAGGAUGUUUCUUUGUCCCAUGAAGCCCGGGAGAAGCUACACUUCACUCGCCCACAGACGAUUGGAGCUGCUAGUCGUAUACCUGGAGUGACACCUGCUGCCAUUAUCAAUCUGCUCAGGUUUGUGAAAACUGCUCAGCAAAGACAAGUGGCCAUGAACAAGUCACCAAGAACUGAUGGAUAAGUCUGCAAUACAAACAUCAAGCCUCGCUUUACAGAAGACUUCUGUCAGUACAGGAGUAUAAAUAGGAGACAGCUGUUUUGCACUUGUUGAAACAACUUAAUUAGGUUAUUGUAACUUUGCUGUUUGUUUAUGAAGGGGCAGAGAUUAUAGUUGUGGUUUCUUUGUAUCUGCAAAAAGUCAUUUUAAACAAUUUAUACUCUUGAGAAUUCUGAUGUGGUCAGUCUCUGUAUAACUUUGCAGUGUUUAUUGAAGAGAGAUGUCAUGAAGCUGAAACUAAACUUG